AUGAUGUCAACGAAGCACAAUCUUCCGGGAGCAGUCAACACUGAGUCCAACAGCGUUUAUGCAGACGAAAAUGCCAUGGCAUCUCGCAGUCGACGGAGAAAUCGACGUCGACAUGGAGCCGCACCUCGUCAAUUGAAUCCUUUGAAACCCCAAUAUUGCAACCUGGUCAACCUUUGGCGAGAAGCUGAUGCAAAGAAAUCUCAUCCAUCCGAAUGGGUCAUUCAACAAUAUGCAAAUUUCCAUCAACCUUUUGUGCUCGACAUUGGGUGUGGCGAAGGAGAGUGGGCCUUGAAAACCGCUCAAGAGUGUCCUGACUUGAAUAUUUUGGGAUUGGAACUGCGUUCGGAAGCCUUGACCAAAGAUCGAAGACGACAGGCACAAGAGAUGCCCAAUUUGGCCCUAUUGGACGCUAACGUCUUGUCAGGAGAUUUGAAAGUACUGCUGCAAGAUAUUCACAAAGUAGGAGGAAACGUGGCGGCCGUCAUGGUCCAGUGUCCAGAUCCCCAUUGGAAAACCAAGCAUCGAAAACGACGCAUAUUGGGUCCUAUACUCUUACAGACAUGUUAUGACUGUAUGUCGCUACAAGCCUCACUUUUCGUAAGAACAGAUGUGGAACGAGUCGCCCAAGACAUUUCCAUCUUGAGCCGUCAUCUCUUUGUGGAAGAUGCCCCAGACAACUUACUGGAAAGACUCUGUCGAAUACCCACUGAGCGAAUGUUGUAUGUGAAUCGCAAAGGAGGGUCUAUGUACCAACGAACCUUUCGGAAACGAUCGGAACCGUUGCCACCAAGUGAUGAUGAAAAUGAUGAACAAGAAGAUUUCGGGUCGGAAGAACCAUUGUUUGGAGUUUAUGACUACUGA